CAAAUCCGUUGAUUUUCGCCAUGUUCUGUAGCGGAAAUUAUGUGGAACAUUAAAAACAGCGUCGAUCGAUGAUAUUCCCCCUACUCGUCCAUCUCCAGCUAGCCAAGUUGUGGACUUUCUGGCGGCACAAUGAACGGUACUAAGUGCUUCAUAUCGAAGCGUCGAAUUUUAUUCAAUCAUGGUAGCUCCCGGCGCAUCUUUCAUGUUCAAAUUGGCUGGCUUUAUCUCCAAACCAUCACGCGGAGCUAUCAAUGAUUUUUAUCUGACAUACGAGAAUUGGGAGCCAUAGAGACAAUACUAAAGGAACGUGAGAAAACGACCUCAGCAUGAAGUUCCCAUCAGCGUUUGCUCUAGUACUUGCUACAGUCUCCGCUGCCAGGCAAGCUCCAACUAAACAAAAGAAUGAUGGGCGACCAAACAUAGUGCUUGUUUUGACAGAUGAUCAGGACCUGCAUAUGCAGUCAGUCGAUUAUAUGCCUUUACUGAAGAAGCAUAUAAUUGAUCAAGGAACCUUUUUUAAACGUCAUUACUGUACUACCGCGAUAUGUUGUCCUUCGAGGGUCACUUUAUGGACCGGCAAGAAUGCCCAUAACACGAAUGUUACGGAUGUAUCACCUCCUUAUGGUCAGUGUUUAUCCUAGUCUCUUGGACACUUUCGAAGCUGAUGUAUCAGAAUAGGUGGAUAUCAGAAAUUUGUUGAGCAAGGCUUCAACGAUGCUUAUCUCCCAGUAUGGCUUCAAGAUGCUGGAUACAGCACUUUCUACACAGGGAAACUUUUCAAUCAUCACACUGUAGACAACUGGAACUCUCCACAUCCAGCCGGAUGGACCUCAUCCGAUUUCCUUCUGGAUCCAUUCACAUAUCAAUAUUAUAAUUCGACAUUUCAAAGGAAUGAGCAUCCCCCUGUAAGUCACGAGGGCGAAUACUCAACAGACGUUCUCGCUCAAAAGGCAUAUGGAUUGCUCGACGAAGGAGUGCAAUCUGGGAAGCCAUUCUUUUUAGUCGCAGCGCCAAUCGCUCCUCAUUCAAAUGUUGACCCUGCUGCAUUUAAACCAGGAGAAGGAAUUCUGAUGACUACUCCUCUUCCUGCCGAGAGACAUAAACAUUUAUUUCCCGGUGCAACGGUUCCAAGAAAUGCAAACUUCAAUCCAGAUAAGGUAAGUCAUAGGUUUGUGGAAGGAAGCUGGAGCUAACGUUCUGAUACAGCCUAGCGGCGCAUCAUGGGUAAAACAUCUAGAUCAGCUCACGGAUGAAGCUAUCGCAUACAAUGAUGAGUUUUACCGAGCUCGUCUUCAAACCCUUCAAGCAGUAGAUGAACUUAUCGAGGGUCUAUUUGAUCGACUAACUGAUUAUGGAAUACUCGAUAACACAUAUUUCAUCUUUUCCACGGACAAUGGCUAUCACAUCUCUCAACACCGUCUUGCUCCGGGAAAAGAGUGUGGAUUUGAGGAAGAUAUUAACAUCCCUCUUGUCAUCCGUGGUCCUGGAGUUCCACAAGGGGAAGAAACAAGUAUUGUAACCGCACACACCGAUCUUGCUCCAACUAUCCUCAAAAUUGCAAAUGGCGACUGGAAAAGACAAGAUCUGGACGGGAGCGUAAUCCCUCUCAAUUCCCAAGGACUCAAGGAUGCCGAGACAACUAGACAAGAACAUGUGAAUGUCGAAUUCUGGGGGAAAGCAAUCCCUGAAGGGGUCCGCAAAUUUUCUCUUGAUGAUGGGAAAGUAGUCCACUAUGGUGUGAAUAAUACCUACAAAGCUCUACGCAUAAUUAGCGACACCCACAAUCUCUACUACUCAGUCUGGUGUACCAAUGAACACGAGCUCUACGAUCUGACCACCGAUCCUCAUCAAACUAACAAUAUAUAUCCAUCCUCAUCAACUACCACGAAGCCCUCCGCCCAAAGCAAGCUCAAUCUUGACAAACUAAUCCCCCGCCUCGAUGCUCUUCUCAUGGUUACAAAAUCAUGCAAGGGACAUACGUGUGUACAACCUUGGUCUGUAUUACAUCCAGCUGGUAAUGUCAGAACGCUAAACGAUGCUUUAUCUCCUCGCUUCGACAAAUUUUACACCGAAGACAUGGCGGAAAGAGUAGUUAAGUAUGACAAGUGCGAGUUGGGAUAUAUUCUAGAGAGUGAAGGGCCUCAGGAAGUAAUCGCUUUUGAAGAGGACGAAGCUAAGUGGGAAUUGUAAGGUUAUUUUUUCAGCUUUUCCUACUUGAUGUAUUAAAUGAAUAGCCUGGGGAUAAGCAAAGACUUUGAAUCUCUAAACAGAAAGUAAAAGAAGACAUCUAGAAUGA